ACAAUCACCUCCAGCGCAGACAUCGUUUCAGCCAGCACACAAUCAACAGCUUUAUCAAACGAUCAACAGCUCUCAACACCAGCCUUCAAACUCAGCCGGUUAUGCAAAUCAAAUGGAGUAUCAGCAAAAUGUUCAAUGGAAUAACACGACAGGUCAAGGCCACGCUGUGCAACCCACACAUAACAGAGGCAAUGGCGGAAACAGCCAGGUGCAAGCACACGCAACAGCCCAGGAUGUAUCACACUUGAACUACAAAAAUGGCAAUGGCUGUGCGGCAGAAAGCCUCCUUGCUGUAUUAUUGAAGACUGCGCGACAGACUGAAGCACACUUGCCCUACCACAUGAACCAACUACCUACCAACUCAGUCCCCAUGUCCUCAGAUGUCAGUGGUGUGCCACCUCCAUCAUAUCCUGGGAAGGCACAGCCACAGGUGAUCCCAUACCAAAACAUACACACAUCGACUUAUAAUGUCAAAGGCUCGACACCCACGUCCUCUGAUUUCAAUGGUGUGCCGCAUCGAUCACAUCCCGGAAGGGCACAGCCGCAGGUGACACAACAUCAAAACUUGCAGACAACGACGUCUAAUGGCAACGGUUCAACCACCCGAAGAGCCCGAGGCCCAAGGCUGCCCCCUCCCUUUCACAGGAUGGACAAGAGGAAAAGUAGCGUCUCUUUGCCCACAAAUCAUCACCUCUCCAACAGUCAGAAUUUGAAAAAGCAUGGGAGUGCUGAUACAGCUUACAAACGACCUCAAGCACAAUCGUCGUUGUCGUCAUCAUCAUCAUCAUCAUCAUCAUCAUCAUCAUCAUCAUCAUCUCAUCACUUGUGGGGCCCAGGGAAGCACUCAGAGAAGCUUGUCAGAGCCCAUCAGCCAAGCAAGGGAAAUGCAAUGUUACAGAAACAGACCAUAUCGCCAAAUACCCUUGCUGCUGUCAACAACACAAACACUGACAUCAUUUACAAUAAGGACACUGGCACGCCUACUAGGCCUCUAGCUAACGUCGCUGUUGGCUCCACCCAUAGAAAUGUGCAGCAGAUAUGCAGAGCAGUUGCCGUCGUACCUCCAAUAUCCCAGCAUGCAGUGCAGGGGGCCAAACAGCAGUGCAGCAGCAGCAGCAGCAGUGUUGCCAGUGAUUCGCUGAAAAUAAAAGAGGUGUGGUCCCUCGCCAGUGACAAGCCAACUAAUGGAGACAGUGAUGAUUCCACGCUGAAGGGCACAUCAUUUAAAGAACCAGAGACAGCCAAUGGCAUAACUCCUAAAGAGCCACAGACUGUGAAAGCCACCACUCCCAAAGAUCCAGAGACUGUGAAUGACCCUCAACCUAAAGAGCCAAAGACUGUGAAUGACCCUCAACCUAAAGAUGCCCCAUCGGCUGAAGGAAGGUCAUGUCAAAGACCCUCAGUUUGCCCAAACACAGACUCGCGGAGAAUCUUGUACUUCACUCUUGGAACUGUCAGAAAAUUGGUGGCGGUUUUGGAAGCGACGGAAAAAUAUCUACCCAGGGAAAAUAAAGCACAGGACUUGGGACGCCAAAUAAUGAAUCUCUUCUGGGAUGGCAGCUAUGAUAACUACAUCGAGAAAGAACAAACAGGCACCUUUGACAAUAUUUUGAGAAAGGCUGCAGAGUUUGCCAGGACAGAGGACAAAGAUGUGUUCAAUGGCAUGGGAGCCGCACGUUUAAAGCAGUUGACACACACCUACAGCAUCUACAGCAGUACUGCCAGUGGCGUCACCAUGGAAACCAAGAAGUCGUCAUGGAGAAAUGUUAGUGACGAAUCACUGGACAUUGACAAACUAUUGGCAGAUACUGAUUUUGUCCAAGAGGACUUUCCAUCCGCCCUGGAGGAAAUGGAGGAACAAGGAGCCGACAACAACCGCACUGAAAACGAAAAGAUGGACAAUGCUGAAAUUCAGAGAAUUCAGACACAUCCUUCAUCAGAGGACUCUGUGGAUUUUAAUCCUCAACCCAGGGACAGCCCAGAGAACCAAGAGAAUGCCACGGUGGAUGAUGUCACACCGAAUAUAUCCCAAAUAAAAUCUGAAAAGGAGCUUACCACAGACUAUAUACAAGAACUGACCGACUGGCAUAAAGACAACUUUCUGUCCGUUCUGGAAAAGUCAGAGGAACAAACAGCCUGCCUCAAUAAUGCCCAACCUGAAAAAGAAAAGGCCAUAGUAGAUGUCAUACAGAGUCAACCCAUAAAAACUGUCAAUAACCUAAUGCACCGUCAGGUAGAUUUUUUCUCAUCAUUGCUGACAUAUACUCAAAAAACAAACAUACUCCUCAAGCUCAUAACGGAAAACAAAAACACAGAUAAGACUGACACUCAGAAAAUGACGAGUGACUUAUCGGAGGGCAGUGCACAAGUGAAUUACAAUCGCCAAGAUUUGGACUAUGUACAUGUGCAGCCAUCUGAGGCUGUGGACUCUGACACCCUGGUUGACCACCUUGCUUCUGCUGAGGAGGCCGACACCUCUUCGCCACCUGUACUUGACGACUACUCGAAACUCUGUGUGCAAAUGUGUAAUAAGAGACAGGAUUUGGAUCGUGUACAACCACUUCAGGCUGUGGAUAGUGCAGGUGGUGGCCAUGACCUCGUCACCGCCAGGGAGGUUGACAACACCUCGCCCCCUGUACUUGAGGCUGUACAGCCACAGACAUGUGACCAGCGUCCUGUGGUACCAGACCAAGCCAUGCUGUCCAUGAAGAUCACUGUGUUGUCAGUGGACGAGUCCAGUUGUCUGUCUAAUUUGUUCGACGAGCCCUCGGCCCACAGUGUCGAUGAUUCCGAUGUGGAGUUCGUCAGCUCUCCUCAGUCAGAAGCAACGACUACAUGUCAAGCCAAAAGUCCCGAAGAGUUAACGGUACGUGACAGAAAGGAGAAGACCACAUUUACUCCCCCUACACAGAAAACGGUUACAUUUUAUGAACCUCUGGCAACCAGUAAUAAGCUAGAACAUUCGACACAGCUGGAGGGGAAUAGCACCCAUGUUAACCCUGCCAAAGACGACAAAAAGGAAAAGCACAAGCACAAGCACCAGCAAGGCCUGAAAGAUGGUCAGAAAGUCCUCAAGAGAGUAAGUCUCCCUCUAUUUCAGAUUCCUACGCCAUCCCCAUCACGCAGCGGAGUGAAGUCAAGCACCCCUAUCUCGCCAUCAGCUUUCAUAAAGAAAAGGACCACCAACGAAUCAAAGCAAUCCAGCACCACAGAGACAGAGGCAAUGCAUGGGAUGACGAGGCCAAAGCAAUGUCAAGAUAAAGGCACCACCACCACCACCCAACUACCACCCUCCAAGAAAUUCAAAACUGAAUCACCGAAAUACUCUGAAAAUUCACACAGUUCAUCAAACAAAACUGCACCAGUCAAAUCAAGACAACAGACUGAAAGCUCCAGCCCUGUAGCCCCUGCAUCCGGUCAUCAGGGCAAGAAAAACAAAGCAACUUUCAGGAUAUUUGGAGCCAAAAAAAUGUAUCCAGAGGGGAAAAGCGGAAAGGCCGAGUACUACUCCGCCUCUAGACGAGAUUUUCCACCUGUGCUUACCAUCAUCUACUCCCUCGAGAAUUCGGCAAGGGAUAAGAUCAUGCAAAGCUGGGAGGGCAGGCAUGUAGCCACACAGAAAACGAAGAGAAACUCCGAUUCAGAAAAGAAGCUCAACAGUCCAGACACUGAGCGAAAAAUGAAGAAUGCGUCCGACAGAGGAGCAGAGCACAAGGCGUCCCACUACAAGGACAGGAGGGAACAGGAGCAGCAGCAGCAGCGACCUCAUGUCAAGGAGGAUCACCACCAAUCAAAACACAAGAAGCGAAGAUCUUCCAGUCUCGAGACUCAAGAUGAGAAGAGAAGCGGAGACCCAGAUGAAAAAUGUCCCAAGAAGCAGCGACCGUUCAGUCUUAACGAGCUGAGGAGGGAAGCGGAGACCAAGAACAGAACGAAAAUGUCACCAGGGGAAAAGACGAGCAUGGCACUCGCGUUGCUCAGACACCUCAAGCGAUCUGCAUCGUACGUGAAACAUUGACGCCGCCACUGCAGUGAGCAAGAAAACGUUACAAAGUGCUGCUAUGAUGACUUGCAGAAUGGGAACCAAUUGAAGUCUUCAGUGUUCAGGGAGCAGUGUGCCACCGCAUUUCAAAGAUGUGAAGUUUGAACUGAAGCCAGAAUGGUAUUUUAAUGUUGUGUACAGUAUUUCUACCCUGUAGAUAUCAAAUGUUUACAUGUUCGUCAUGUUCACACUGUUGCUCUUUUCUAAUGCUGGCCUUCCCAGCGUUUGGAUUAUUUUUUUUACCUUAUAUGCAGCAUAUUGUUAGCACCUGUCUUUACAAACCUUCAGGUCAAGGUUCAAUUGUUUACCGGUUAUUGCUUAAAGCAAAGUGUUUUUUAAAUAAAUAUAUCAAUAUUUUUUACAUGAAGGUCAUAAAGUUUUGUACUUUUUUUAAAGAAUAAAUAAAUGCACAU